CACUUCUCCCCAAAUCCAGUUUCUGUAAACCCAGGGCUGUGAACAGUAUUGAUCACUGGCUCUCAAUGAGAGGAUUAAUGGGAAUUCACACAAGGGCUUGGACGCUUACCGAGCCUGGUGUAACAGUCAACUUCCUUGUCAUAUAACUCAAGGUACACAGUUGGAACUCAAUACUGCUGCAUAAUGGCCUACAAAGUGGCAUCCAUGCAUUGUGUCCUAAGAAGUCUUUGCUUCAUGCUUCUUCAUUUGUUAAGUGCAGCUCAAGAUGAUGAAAUAAGAAGUUGCAGGACUGCGCCUUGUGAUUUGGUCUUCAUUCUAGACGGCUCGUGGAGUGUUGAAGAUGUCAAUUUUGAAAUAGUAAAGCGAUGGCUUGUCAAUAUAACAACAAGCUUCAACAUUGGACAGAAGUUCACCCAGGUUGGAGUUGUCCAAUACAGCGAUGACCCUGUUUUAGAAAUACCUCUGGGGAAGUACUCCUCCAACAAAGACCUCAUCAAAGCGAUGGAGUCCAUUGAGUACAUGGGGGGAAACACAAGGACAGGGGCAGCCAUCAAGUUUGCCACAGACAAACUGUUUGGCCUCUCUGAGCGUGGCCCAUCAGGCAUUUCCAGAAUUGCUGUUGUCCUCACAGACGGGAAGUCUCAAGAUGAGGUUGUGAAAGCAGCUGAGGCAGCAAGGAAAAAAGGAGUAAUUCUGUUUGCAAUUGGUGUUGGGUCGGAGACAGAGGCAGCUGAGUUAAAGGACAUUGCAAAUAAGCCCUUUUCAACUUAUGUCUUCUCUGUCGAGGACUACAAAGCUAUUUCCAGGAUUAUACAGGUCAUACGACAAAAACUGUGUGAAGAGACUGUUUGUCCAGCCAGAAUCUCAGUAGAUUCCCGUGAUGAGAAGGGCUUUGAUAUUCUGUUGCAUCUAAAUCUGGCCAAAAAAGCCAAGAAAACACAAGGAGCAUUUUAUGGAUCCAGGGCCUACGAAGUGACGUCUCGCGUUGACUUAAGUGAAACUACAAGGACCCUUUUUCCUGAUGGUCUGCCUCCAUCGUAUGUUUUCGUGGCCACACUGAGGUACAAAGGAUCAGUGGCUAUAGAGGAGUGGGACCUGUGGAGGGUACAGACACGUGAUGGGAAACCUCAGAUGGCGGUGACUCUAAAUGGUCUGGAGCGCAAUGUCAGGUUCACCACGACCAGCGAUUCCCCCAGUGGAAUUCAGACGGUGACAUUUUCACAACAGACAGCACGGCAGUUGUUUGAUGAGAAAUGGCACCAGCUGCGGCUGCUGGUCACCGAAGAGGAUGUUACCCUUUACGUUGAUGACCUGGAAAUUGAAACAUUAUCGUUGGAGCCCCCUGUUGGCAUUUUCAUCAAUGGAAAAACCCAAGUUGGCAAAUACGUGAGAAAGGAAACAACAGUGCCAUUUGAAAUUCAGAAACUUCGCAUUUACUGUGACCCUGAGCAGAACAACCGGGAGACUGCGUGUGAAAUACCUGGAGUUUGUUCCAACAGUCCUGAUUACCCUGAGCCGACUCUAGAGCCUUGUGUUUGUCCUCCUGGACCCCCUGGACUUCCAGGACUGAAGGGAGAACAAGGAAGCACUGGUAUACCUGGUCAGCCUGGACCUGCUGGUGCUGAUGGUAAGCCUGGUAUCCCUGGCAUUAGGGGAAGUCCAGGCCUGCCAGGUCCUCCAGGAAUAGAGGGGCCACGUGGACCAGAUGGAUACAAAGGGGAGCAAGGGAGGCCUGGUGUUUCGGGUGAGAGGGGUAUGCCUGGAUUACCUGGGUCACCUGGACAACCAGGAGAGAAGGGCUCAGUAGGAUCCCCAGGAAUAGCAGGGUUAUCGGGGAAGGCUGGUCAAGUGGGAGAAAAGGGAAGCAUAGGACCUCCUGGGCCACCGGGUUUUCCGGGAGAACCUGGUCUUCCUGGGAGAGAUGGAAAGGAUGGAUUUCCAGGGAGAUCGGGUGAAAAGGGAGAAGCUGGAGCCAGUGGUAUCCCUGGUGCUGACGGAAGGGAAGGCCAUCCUGGUAUGCCUGGAUUGCCAGGGAUUGCAGGCCUGCAUGGACAAAAGGGUGAAUCUGGUGAGGCUGGACCAAGGGGCUUUAAAGGAUCCACUGGCCCACCUGGUGAAAUGGGAUUACCUGGUGCACCUGGCUUAAAAGGAUCAAUUGGACCCAAGGGGAAUAAGGGUGAAAGUGGAAGUCCAGGUGCAAAUGGAUCGCCAGGACUAAUGGGAAGUGCAGGAGAACCAGGAAGUGCAGGCCAGCCAGGGCACCCGGGCAUGCCAGGCCUGAAGGGAAGCAAGGGACAAAGGGGAAAUCCAGGGGAAAGAGGAGAGGCGGGGCUGAAAGGUGAAAAAGGAGAGUAUGGCCGGCCAGGGCUUCAUGGAUCCACUGGUCCAGCAGGACUGAAAGGAGAGAAAGGGACAGCAGGGGAUCCGGGGACGAGAGGUCAAGAAGGUCAAGUGGGGCGGCCUGGACAGCUGGGUCAGUCAGGCCCGCCUGGCCCCAGAGGGCUGCAGGGGGACACUGGCCCCCCUGGACCACCUGGACCUGAAGGAAGAUCCGCAAGUGACAUGUCAGACAGUCACAUUCGUCAAAUCUGCAGAGAGAUCCUUCAAGCUGAGCUGCCUUCAUUGUUGCUGAGCAACCAGCAGGGUAGCUGCACCAGAUGUCAAAGCCGGCCUGGAUCACCUGGUCCACCAGGUCCAGCUGGGCCGCAGGGACUCAGGGGUCUCCCUGGACUUGGUGGUUCCAGAGGACAGCCGGGCCACCCUGGUCGACCGGGACACCCUGGGAUGAACGGACUCAAAGGAGAACCAGGUUUCAAAGGAGAGAAGGGAAACCCAGGUAGGACCACGAUCGGAGACCAAGGACCACCUGGACUUCCAGGUCCAAUGGGUCCUCAGGGGUACAGUAAACCAGGGUCUCCAGGUUCACCUGGAGCUCCUGGUCUAAAUGGAGCAGAGGGUAAAAGUGGUAAUCCUGGCAUCCCUGGCCAGCCUGGGGUGUGUGAUCCCUCCAUGUGCUACGGCGGUAUGAUGAGGCGGGAUUCUUACAGCAAAGGCCCAAACUAUUGAUGUAGCGCAGCGUCUCUGCAGGCACCAGACUAGAGCUGAUGCGGAACAAACAGUCAUUCUCAGGAAGAUCUCAUCUUUACAGUUUCUCUCUGUCACGGAAACAAAACGUACCUCGUCUGACACCUGUUAUGUCAUCUCAGUCAGCAUCACAGCUUCUUUGAUGUUUUUAUUUUGUCAUAUUAUUCACUUGUCUUUGAACAUGCUUUAAGGUUUUAACGAAGAGAGUGAAGAGAGUUAAAAAUUGGCUCCAUUGAAAAGCUCUCAUCUGAGCACCUCGAACUCUUGUACGCUCUUGUAUGUCAGUGUGGUUGGUACAUUUUCCUAUAUUGCCCCCUUGUGUCGCUUCACUGCAUGUUGCUCUCUAAAUUCUUAUUGCACAUUUGAUAGGUGCUACAUGUUUCAUUAAAGAAAAACGCAACUUCUACACCCUAUCAAUUACAUGUUUAGUGACUCAUUUUGCUAUAAACUAUCUCUGAAAUUGGCACGUUUCAGCACAAAACUGUGAUUUUGAUCUCUUCUAGUUGAUUAUGAGCUCCUGUAAGCCUGUGUUUCUAAAGCGUUCAGUUUGACUGUUGAGUAUGAAAACCUUUUACAACUGCUAACAUUGUGUAUUACCCAAGAUAAAUUAACACUUUCCCCUCCUAUCACAAUACUCAUUCAUUCGUCAUAUUUUUUUUUUUUAAAUAAUAAGGAUGUAAGAUGUAAAAUGCCAUCUAUGAACAUGCUGACAUUUUAGUUUUCCAUUUCAUGUCAUUUAUGUUCCCCAGACAUGCCUUUCAUUACUGUAGCAGGUAUUUUAUUGUUAUUUAUAAGAGUCAUAACUGUGUAUUUCAGCAGUGACGUGUCUUAAACGGCUUUUGUAAUUUUAUUAUUUUGUGUUAAAGUGACUUUUGUACGAUUUUUCUUUUUUUUUUUUAAACUAGAAUUAA